AUUGGAUUAAAAUCUGUCAAAGAUCUAUUAAUAUAAUAAAGGAUAGACUGUAGCGCCUUAUAAAAAAUUUUUUUUUAAUUAAUCUUGAGUUAGUAUUAAACCAACUACAGAUUUACUAUAUUCUUACGUGUGCCUAAGGAGAUUUAAAAAGUUUCGUUUAAUUAUUUUAUGCCAGCAAAAUAGUACAUCGUGCAGUAUGACGGAUACCAUUAAUAAGGGGUCCUCGACUGAAUUCGAUGCCAAAUAUGGAAUUUUAGAUAAAAAUACUCCCCCACGUUCUCUGAUGUGUGGCCGAUAUAAACAAAGUUUCGCCUAUUAUACUUUGCGUUCGCGACUACCAAUAACGCUAACCAGUAUAAUCGAUAGUAUAACCAAGGACAAAGACGAUUUGUUGUCAGAGUAUGGUGAGGGAUCACGAGAAGAAAUUAAAAAUAUUAUUGGGUCAAUAUCAAAACUGAAGUACGAAUUACAAACAGAUAAAACAAUAGAAACUUUCUUUGGAAAUGAACCCGACAAAGAAAUAUGGAAUAAGUUUAUUAAAAGUCUGGGACCUGGAGAAAACAGCUUUUUCAAAACAUGCUGGCUGUAUGCUGAAUGUUAUAUGUAUCGUCGAUUGUCCUCCUUCUUCGAAAACUCUCAAACUUUAAUGAGCUUUGAUUACUUUGCCAAGCAAAAACAGAAUGCUCUCAUUUCUUCAAUAAAAUGUGUUGAAGACAUAUUGCGGGUUCUUCAAAAAAUAGACAUCACCUUCGAAUCUUUUCAAUUAAUGCUUAAGCUUAAUUUAUGGGGUAAUAGAUGUGAUCUAUCAAUUACAUCCGGAAAAGAGGUUAUUCUUGGCGACAAUCCCUUUGACCUUGUUCAUGGUUUUGAUAAAAGAAUUAUAGUUGAUGAUACCGUCGCAGUUAAUGAUUAUUUAAAGUCAAUAAACAAAUACAAACCUAGGGUUGUGGAAUUUGUCUGUGACAAUGCAGGAUACGAACUAUUUACAGAUUUUGUACUUGCUGAUUACUUAAUAAAAAGUAAAUUAGCGGAAAAAGUACGUUUUAAUUUGAAAGCAAUACCUUGGUUUGUGUCUGAUGCAACCAUUAAAGAUGUCGAUUGGACCCUACAAUAUUUGCGGAAUCACUCCUCACCUGUUUUACGAGAAUAUGGAGAAAGAUGGCAACGAUUUUUGGAAGGAAAAAUAUUUGAAGUAGAGCCAUUGGAAUAUUUCUGGACCAGCCCUUACGAAUACUAUAAAAUGCGCGAAAUUAAUCCUGACUUGUAUAAGCGGCUUUCAGAAGCUCAACUUGUUGUAUUUAAGGGGGAUCUUAAUUAUCGAAAGCUUAUUGGCGACUUCUCUUGGAAUUUUACUGAGCCAUUUAAAACAUGCCUGCGUGGAUUCCUACCAACUAGCAUCAUUAGCUUACGUACCGUAAAAGCGGAUUUAAUAUCUGGGCUUUUGGAGGGGCAAGCUGAAAUUUUAUUCGAAACUGACAAAAAUUGGAUGACGACGGGAGAAUAUGGUACAAUACAAUUUGUAAAAAAAUCAACUUUGUCUGCUUAAAGGAACAAAUACCACAAAUACAACACAAUAGAGAUAAUUGGUGAAAUUAGUUAAGCAAAGGUAACACCAUGUAUAUUGAUAUUAAAUUCUAGUCCAUUGUUAUAAAAUCGAAUAGUUGAAUGUACAUAUAUUUGCAAAAUAUCCAUUCUGUAUUAAAAAUUUGAACAUUUUUUUAAU